AUGACAACGACGUUCGUUCAACUGCGCCAUGUGGUGUACCUGUUGGUGUUUUUGCAGUGUUGUGUGUGUGCGGCGAAUGCAGGUGGUGUUUGGCGGGGCUAUCCAACCGCGGGGUCAGCCGAAAUGGGAAAGGUGGAUCAGGUGUUAAGAGGAAGGGUGGCCAGGGCACAUGAGCAGAUUGCGGUUAUGAAUGGUUGUCUGUCUGCGUUAAAGGAAGAGAUGAAACUGUGCGAGGAGGGUUCCAGGCGUGCUGCAGCCGUUGCGAAGAAUGUCAGGGCUAUUGUCAAGGAGUUCGGGGAGAUGAAAAAGAAGAGAGGAGAAGACUGGGAGCCGUUUGAGUGGAUAGGUGAAAAUACGAACAGAAUAGUGAAAAGCAUAAAUGAAUUUGGCAGUGUAAGAUUGUCANAGGUGGUGGUGGUGCGGAAUACGCCUCUUAGGGGGCAGAGCGGCGUGCAGGCAUACACCGUUAGUGCCGACCCUAAUGGCGUCACUGACACGGUCGAGAAUAACAAGACCUGGGCGCCGAUCCGCAUUGAGAUCUUUACGAAGGACAUGGAGGACCCGAAGAAACACUGUACAACCCAUGGGCAAACUCUUGUUGAUCAGAUGAUGAAUACGGUACGUUGUGAUGGUAACGGUGUACUGACGGUAAGAAGGAAGAGGAUCCUUCUGGAGCGAGUCAUUCCCGCGGCCAUUAAACUGCACAGGGAUCGUCUCUCUGUUGUUCCGGUGACAGGUACCAUUCUGGUGCCAAGGAAGAACAUAGGGUACUGCGAUAAAUUUAACAUCCCUGAGGAACACCACACGACUGGGCUGAAGGGUGCCGAUUUAUAUCUCUACGUGAGUGCCGUACCAGGAGUAAGUGCGGUGGCGUGGGCAAUCGAUUACCGCCGGUUGAGUAAUGGACGCCCCCACGCUGGCAUUGUUGGUAUCAACCCCCCACUCUGUGAAACAGACAAAUUAUACCAUUCGCACAAUGGCACACGGAAUCGAACAUGUUCUGGGAUUCUCAGACGAUUUUUAUCCAAGGCAAAA